GUGCACGCUAUCCAUUACUCUUAUCAUCAAAACAUGAGUAUAUUGAGCUGCACCAUUGGUCAGUCCUGACUCAUUGUAUUGGGCAAAGGGAUCGCAGAAGUUGUAGGCGAAACAAUCAGCUAGCUAGUAGCCAGGCAGCAUUAGCCAUUCACGGCUAGUUGCUCCAUCCCCGUUACUGCUGGGCUGCUAUCUAUGCUAAUGGUGGCACGCAUACUGCAAAUUAAUUCGACGGGGACGCUGUAUGGGUGCAGUUCACAUAUUUGAUUCAUACGUAAACAUGAGAUUUAGGAUAGUGAUUGUGUACAUUCUCAAACGGAGUCUUUAUAAUACCUGACGUUACAUUUAAUCGCAGUGUUGUGAUUUUUUUUUUACGCGAUGCAGCGAACAUACCAACUAGCUAAGCGAGCAAACUUCACAUAGCUCAGUGUUAAACGAGAGGGCGUGAUUACCAAACUCAUUCAAUAAAGUGGUCGUGGUACGAAUGAUGACCUGCAGUGCAUUUCAAUUGAUGGGCAGUGUUUUUCCUCCACCGCAAGCCUAUAUUUAGCUCCUCGGUUCAGUGCAGGUGCUAGUUAGCCUGCUAACUAGCAUGCCACAUCUAGUCGUGUUGUGCACUGAAGUUGGUCGUGCUAACCGUUAGCUCGCCAGCUUGUGUGUGUGUACGCCAAGGCGUGUUUGCCUCGACUGUCGAGCUCUUUCCUUCAGCUCUGUGUCUAUUUUAAAAAGUACAGACGAGCGUAACGGGGGCUGUUCGUAUGGCAGAUGUAGGAGUGGGUUUAGUGUUUUGGAUUACACCUGUGUGCUUCAUAACUUUGUAACGUUAUAUGGGGAUGGCGACGGCUGGGGAGCUGUGAGCGAAGGAUAUGAACGUUUUUCUCAUGGGUGCCCACGUUCUGCUGCCGAGGAGAGAGCACCAGGAUGAGGACGCUGUAGGCCCCCACCGUACUAUGGCCGCGUCCCGUUCCUCGCGCGUCACGCGGUCAUCAGUGGGGCACAAUGGACUGGACGAGAACUUCUGUGGCCGAACCCUCCGGAAUCGUAGCAUCGCCCCGCCCGACGAGACGGCGGCGUCGCCCGUGCCCCGGGCCCGCUCGCCCAAGAAGAAGCAGGAGACGCGGCAGGACGGCCAGGCGUCGCAGUCCCCAUCGCCGGGCAAGGUAGCGGACCCAAAGCCCGCCGAGGGCGAGCCGUGGACCGGCUCCCGGAAGCGCAGCGCGCCGUGCCCGGACAAGGAGGGGUCUGAGACCUGCGUGAGGGGGAGGGGGGCGCGGGAGCCCUCCCCUCAGCUCAAGAAGGCCAAGCAGGGUCCGCCUUCCGAGGCGUCUUCUGGAGGAGCUGAGGACGAGGAGGAGGAGGAGGAGGAAGAAGAGGAGGAGGAGGAAGACGACGACGACGUCGAUGAGGACGACGACGCGGCGUCCAUCGACGCAGAGAGCCCUGGGUCGGUGUUCGACGACAUCAAGGACAACGGCAGGACCUCGCCCGUCCUCGCCGACGCGAUCAAACGCGAGGCGGACGAGGUGGAGGUCACGGCCGGCGGGCCCCCCAACGCCCACAGGGCCUCCAACGGCCUGGUCGAGGUCAAGGCGGAGCCCGCCGGCGGCCCCCGCGCGCCGACCGUCGACGCGAAGCCCGCCGCCGCCGGCCCCGCGCUGCCCAACGGCAGCCAGUCGGCGGCGCCCCCGUCCCCGGAGCUCACCGUGCCUUGUAGAAACUCUACCCCCGUGCCGUCGGAGCCCCCGUCGGCCCCCCCGCAGGACCCUUUAGCCGAGGACCCGCUCCCUGAGCUGCUGGGGGCCGAGGAGCAGGAGGUGGAGGUGGCGUGCUCGGCCCGGGAGGAGGCGGUGGUGACGGAGGCGGAGGUGGGGGGCACCAACGGGUGCCCGCCGUCGCCGCGGGCGGAGGAGGUGGUCGCUGUCGCCUCCUCCUUCUCCUCCGCUCACGACGUAGACAUUAGCCCGGCGAACCACCGCCACCAAAACAACAACAGCCACUCAGGAGAAAGCUCACCCCCGCUAGAACCCACGCCCUCCCCCACAGAGCCCGCCUCCCCCCCCCCUCACACACACCCUGCCGGCUCCCCCACGGACCUCGGAUGCACCCCCUCCCCGCCGUCGUUCACGGAGCCCCACGAACACAGAUACACCCUGCGGACUUCCCCCCGGAGGGCCCCCCCCGGUGGCAGGCCCUCCCCCCCCAGGGACAACGGCUUCCUGGGGGGGGGCGAGGCGGAGGUGGAGGUGGAGGAGCAGCAGGAGGAGGCGGUGGAGGUGGAGGUGGAGGAGGAGCAGGAGCAGGUGGUGGUGGUGGAGGAGGAGGCGGUGGAGGAGGUGGUGAUGAUGGAGGCCUCCCGCCCGGCCACGCCCGAGGAGCCCCCGCUCUCGGACCUCGUGGGGCCCCUCCUCAGCGAGGCGCCGGCCUCGGUGAGGGGCGGAGCCGGGGGCGGAGCCGGGGUGUCGCUGGGGGCCCCGGAGGACAUUGGGCCCCUGAAGGACAACGAGGCGGGGGGCGGUAAAGCGGGGGCCACAGCGCGGACGGGCGCGGAGGAGGAAGAGGAGGAGGAGGAAGAGCCGGAUGUAUAUUACUUUGAGUCGGACCACCUGGCACUGAAGCACAACAAAGACUACCAGCGGCUGCUGCAGACCAUCGGCGUGCUGGAGGCCCAGCGGACGCAGGCCGUGCUGGACCUGGAGACCCUGACGCGCCACCAGAGACAGGCGCUGGCCGCGCCCAUCAGCUUCGUGGAGCAGCUGCAGAAAAGGGAGAACAUGGGCAUGCCCUGCCCCCAGCGGGUGGUCCAGCUCCCGGACAUCGCCUGGGACAAGUACACCUCGGGGCUGGGCGACUUCGAGCGGGAGUUCUGCGACAAGAAGCGCAAAACCCGGCAGCUGAAGCUCAUCUUUGACCGGGGGUUGCCCACCAGGCCGACCAGUCCGGUGGAGCCGAAGAAGGAGGGCGAGCCCUCUGCCAUGUACUCACUGCUGCCCACUAGUGACACCCUGGAGAACGGCGGGGACUCCCAGCUGAUCAGAGGAAGGAUCUGCAACUCCAACAAGCCGGACACCUUUAACCAGCUGUGGACUGUUGAGGAGCAGAAAAAGCUGGAACAACUUCUCCUCAAGUUCCCGCCUGAGGAAGUGGAGUCUAAAAGGUGGCAGAAGAUCGCCGACGCGUUGGGGAACCGGACCACCAAACAGGUGGCCAGCCGGGUCCAGAAGUACUUCAUCAAGCUGACCAAGGCCGGGAUCCCGGUGCCUGGAAGGACGCCCAACCUGUGCAUGUACACCAAGAAGGUGUCAAACAAGCGUCAGCACCACCUCAACAAGCACCUGUACCGGCCCUCCACCUUCCUGGCGUCCUACGAGCCCCCCGUCUUCAUGGAGGAGGAGGACGAGCGCGCCGCCUACUACAGCAGCCUUCAGGACCCCUCGGCCGACGACUCUGAGGAGGAGGGUGUGCCUGAGGAGCUGAGACACCUUCCUGAGUACCAGGAGCUGUUGGAGCUGAAGAGGCUGAAGAAGAGGAGGCUCAGGGAGAUCCGGGACGAGGGCGGCACGAUGCAGCACCCGGGCUAUAAGUGUGACGCCUGCGGCGUGGAGCCCAUCCAGGGGACGAGGUGGCACUGCGCGGACUGCCCUCCGGACACCGGCGUGGACCUCUGCUCCAGCUGCUCCGACUGCCUGUUCCUGACGGAGACCCACUCGGCGGAGCACCGCCUGGAGCCCGUGAGCCAGCCCGACUCCCUCCUGGACCGCGACUACCGCCUCCCGCACGCCGCCGGCUACAACUACCUGGACCCCAACUACUACCCUGCCAACAGAUGACAGGGCCCCGCCCGCCCCCCCCCCCCCCCACACACACACAAGGCCGCUCGCCACCCCGGCUCUGCCCCCCCUGACCACCGCUUCACCUGGCGGUCGGCCAAGGGGUGUGGGGGGGGGGCAUGCCUCCCCACCAUGACGGCGGCCACCCCAUGUCACGUUAUUUUGACGGAAAAAUGAACCCUGACAACGGACGGCACGGCAACAUUCCCUCCCCUCCCCCCCCCCCCCGACCCCAGUGUGUCCUCGAGCUCCCCCCCCCCCCCUCCGUCUGCAUCUCUCUGGCGUUGCCGGUGGCGACCACGGUCGCAGCGGGACCUAAUUGAUCAACCCCCGAAUAACAAUCUGUUCUGUCUGUUGAGCGGGUGAAUGUGUGUGUGGUGUGUGAGCGCGGUGCGUGCUGUUGUUUAUUUACAGGCGGGGGGUGAUUGGUUAUAUCUGAGUAUUUAUGAGCCUGGUUCCUCCGAUGAGAACCGGGUCGGACUGUUAUUAUGGAAACGCGUCGCCGUGGAGACCGCUGCGCGCUCGACGGACCCGCCUGGAAUCAAGGUGGCCAUGUGACCUUCUACAUAUGAACGCCCCCCCCCUCUCUAGAUAUGAAAGGACCACGUGCCACGUGGGGGCAGGGGGGGCAGUUUAGCGUUAGCAUAGCGGCAAGCUAGCCCGCCGGUCACUCUUGGAGACCCUUCACUCCCCCAUCGUCUGUCACUCUCAAACCCUCGUAACACAUUUCUCUUUUAUAUCAAAAUGGUUUCUGCUGUGUUACUAAAGACCUGUUCAGUUCUCCCCCCCACCCCCCCCACCACGCUCCUCGUGAUGAAGCACUACAGCCCUGCGAGCUAGCUUCACGUUGAAGGAAUAAGCGGCAGGUGUGAAGGGCACUGGAACGCAAAGGGAGGGAGGUGGGGGGGGUCUUGUUUGUUUUUGUGAUGCCUAUUUUUCUGUCACCCCCCCCACCCCACCCCCCUCCAAAAAAGAUGUCCGCUCUUGUUAAUCAUGUGGAGUAAUGCAAAUAUAUGGUGUAAAGUAGCCGGCAUUAGUUGCUGUGUGCCAUUUUUGUUUCUCUAUUUUUGUUUUACCUCACCAUCGACCAUCGUCACCCGAACCGUUUCAACCCAUCGGUCCUCCUUUAUUUGGCGGUCCACAUAAAGGUCCAUUUGAAAGUUAGAAAAAAGAUUGUAUUUUUAUGAAUCUAUUUAAAAAUCAAAAGAAUCGAGGCAAUUGUCGCCUCCAACCACAGUGGAAAAACCCACGCAAUUUUAUACACAUAGAUUUGGUUGUGCUUGAGUAGAGGCCAUUUUGUAUGGGUUUUGUUCGUCUCUCCCUCACCCCCUUGCCCGCUUAUGUAUGUGUAUAACAGUCUGUUCUUAUGUAAAAAUAAAAAAUAAUGUACAAAAAAAAACUGCUAGAGGAGAACUGUGGAAAUAAAAGUAUGUGAAAAUAG